GAAGGCAAGAUGGCGGCGCUGCAGGGCUUUCCCGUCUCCGUCUCUUACGGUCACAGCGGUGCCGUGGACACGCCGGCCGGCCCGCAGCCCCCGCCCCAGCCCCAGCAGCCGCUCCAGCCCCAGCCCCAGCCCCCUCCCCCGCCGGCCCAUCCACAGCCGCCAGCGCCCGCCGACCGCAGCAAGGAGGAGGUGACAGAAGCCGAGAAGUUGAGUAAAAUGAACUCUUUGCUGGAGAAGCUGCAUACAAAAUAUAGUCAAACAUCAAGGCCCUGGUCCGAAACGGCAAAACUUGUUCGACAAGCUAUGGAGAAACGUAAUAUAAUGAACACAGGGGGCCACCAGCAUCUUAUUGCGUGUUUGGAGACCCUGCAAAAAGCACUUAAAGUAAUGUCUUUGCCAGCAAUGACAGACCGUCUGGAGUCGAUUGCCAGACAGAACAGCCUUGGUUCACACUUGAGUCCUUCGGGUACUGAAUGCUACAUCACGUCAGACAUGUUCUAUGUAGAGGUGCUGCUGGAUCCAUCGGGGCAAGUCUGUGAUGUCAAGGUGGCACACCAUGGAGAAAAUCCUGUGAGCUGUCAGGAGCUGGUGCAGUAUCUGAGAGAGAAGAAUUUUCUCGAGUUCUCAAAACACCUUAAAGGCCUUGUCAACCUAUACAAACUUCCCGGAGACAAUAAGCUGAAAACUAAAAUGUACCUGGCUCUGCAGUCCCUCGAGCUUGAUCUUUCAAAGAUGGCACACAUGUUCAGAUUAGCAACAAAUGCAAGUAACCUUGAUACAAUACUCCAAGGAAAUGUUGGCUAUCUUACACCGAGGAGUGGUGGACACUUAAUGAACCUGAAGUACUAUGUCUCUCCGUACGACGUGUUUGAAGAUGUAAAUGGCGCUCCUCUGAACCUGAAUGAGAACGUUCCGCGAUCCUUGGGCAUGAAUGUGUUUGUGACGAUUGAGGGCCCCACGGCAAUGUGCAAGCUGCCGAUAGCUCCCCUGAUCACUGGCUCCCACCCCACGGACAACAAAGGCACGCCUUCCUUCUCUUCUGUGACUAAUGCCAACAGUGUGGACCUCCCAGCCUGCUUCUUCCUAAAGUUUCCGCAGCCAAUACCUGUGUCAGCUUUUUGCAUUCAGAAACUUCAGAACUUCUUAGGUAUCCCCCUCUUUGAUCCUCCAACCACUCUAGUUCCACUCUAUGAAUUGAUUACACAAUUUGUACUUUCUGGAAAGGACGGCAGUGCUUCAACUUUGAAACACAACAUGCGGUUUUAUGCUUCUUUGCCAGGCCAACAGCAUUGCUAUUUUUUGAACAAGGAUGCCCCAAUCCACGAUGGGAGAUGUUUGCAAGGAGCACUGCUUCAUAAAAUCCCUUUCAGGCACCCAGGCCAAGUGCCUCGGGUUCUGGAAUUUCUCCGACACCAAGUGGCGUACAACAUUCUAAUUGGGAGCUGUGUGAAGAGGACUGUGCUGAAGGAAGAUUUACCCGGUCGUCUGCAGUUUGAGGUGUGCCCACUGACCAACACCAGCUUCAGCCUCUCCUUCCAGCACCCAGUCAAUGACUCUCUCGUGUGCGUUGUGAUGGAUGUAUUGGAUUCCAGGCAAGUGUGCUGCAAGCUCUAUAAAGGACUUUCUGAUGCCCUCAUCUGUACUGACGACUUCAUUACCAGAGUGGUGCAGCGAUGUAUGUCUAUCCCAGUGACGAUGCGGGCAAUCCGCCGCAAGGCAGAGACCAUCCAAGCGGACACCCCAGCUCUGCCCCUCAUUGCCGAGACAGUGGAGGACAUGCUGAAGAGGAACCCCCCUCCACCCAGCAGCCCCGGCUACAGCACGCAGCAGGUCAACAACCCACCCAGUGACACCACCACUACGCCAACCAGCACCUUUCCUGGGCCCAACUCCACCAUCUUCAAUAUGCAGGGCAUGAAGGAAAGGCACGAAUCAGGACACGGGGAAGACUCCUUUAAAGUGAACCAGAACCCGAUCCUGACCAGCUUGUUGCAAAUUACAGGGAGUGUUGGUUCAUCCAUUGGGUCAAGCCCCACGCCCCCUGGUCACACACCUCCGCUGGUUUCUUCCCCUGCAAGUAAUACCAAAAACCACCCCAUGCUGAUGAACCUGCUCAAGGACAACCCCAGCCAAGAUUUUUCCACGCUUUACAGCAGCAGCCCCUUGGAGAGGCAAAAUUCUUCUUCCAGCUCCCCACGAAUCGACGUGGCUUCGGGCAGCACCAAACAGAAGAAGAAGAGGACUCGGUCUCAGACGGAUAAACCCAAGCAACCUCAGACCGAGGAAGACUUCCAGAGAGAGCUCAUCUCCAUGGACUUCGACGCUCCGAACAGUGUCUUUGACGUCAACAUGCCCGGGGAUACUUUGGACACCCCGCACAUCACCCCUGCCCCCAGUCAGUGCAACACUCCGACAACGUACCCUGGCACAGUUGCACACUCGCAGCAGUCCACCAUGCAGAGGAUGGCACGCCUGUCUAGCACGGACAGUAUUGGAGCUGACGUCACAGAGAUUCUGUCCGACAUAGCGGAGCAAACGAAGCUGGCCACCCCCACCGACAAUUGUCCGUCCGCCGGCACCCCUGUCCGUGAUUCCGUCAAUUCAUCCCAUGCUGCUGUGAACAGCACUUUUGAUGCAGACGUUUUUCAGGCUGGGAGCAACGAGAACACAUACACUGACCCUGCAGACCUAAUAGCAGAUGCCACCGCCACUCCCACCAGUGACUCCUCUAACCAGUUUUUUCCCGACGGAGUAGAUUUUUUAUUGGAAAAUCAAAGCGGGAACAAUUUUGUGAGUGGAUACUUUGACGAGAGCAGCCAGGGCGGCGAUAUGGAUGACAUGAAGGGUUUCCCCCCACCGGCGUCUGCCUCCAUGAACGUGCAGGCGAUGGGCGGUGACAGCGGGGAGCGCUCCAAAGGGAGCAGCCACGCGGACAUGGUGGAUUUUAGUAUGUUUACCAACAGCAACAAGUCGCUGGGGCCGCCCGACGGGAUGGAACACACUGGAAACCAGAGCCCCUUGUUGAGCACCGUGGAGGUUGCAAAAGUGGACAAGUCUCAAAAGCAGCGAUCUGCCAAGGAAGGAAACGGUGGCGGGAGCAACAGCUUACCCGGGAUGACCAACGACAGUAAACCCGGCAAGCGCACCCGGACUCCGUCGAGCGAUGGCAAAAACAAGGAAAAGCCUCCGAAGCGCAAGAAAACCGACUCGGAAAACAAGUCUCCGUCUCACAGCGUGUCUAGUAGGCCUUUCACACCACCUGCCAGCACCACCGGUUCCAAAUCCCCUGGCAGCUCUGGGAGGUCACAGACUCCACCCAGUGUGGCCACCCCUCCAAUCCCGAAAAUUACAAUUCAGAUCCGCAAGGAGAUGGUCGGAAAAUCGUCCUUGCACAGUCAGUUUGGCUCAGGCCCUUCGUCCAGCAGCAAAAGUCACCACUCUCAUUCCUCCAAUUCCUCUUCCGGCAAAUUGAAAAGCAACAAGUCGGAGAGCUCUUCCAGUUCCAAAAUGAGCAGCGGCAGCCUGUAUCCAGGGCAAGGCAGCGGCAGUUCCAGUCAGUCCAAGAGCUCGUCUCAGUCCAUGGGUAAACCCAGCUCCUCUCCAGUCACCAAGCACGGUUUGACCAGCAGUGGCAGCUUGUCCAGCAACAGCAGCAGCAAAAUGAAGCCCCAGGUCAAGUCGUCCUCGUCUCUUGCUAAUCCAUCCGGAGGAAAGCCCAGCGUCUCUCCCUCCCACUCCAGACCGUCGGGCAACUCGGAGAAGCUUUCAUCGCCACUGAAGCCCAUUCCGGGAACUCCGCCAAUGAAAGCCAAGUCUCCAGUCAGCUCGGGCUCAGGAAGCUCUCACAUGUCUGGGUCUAGCUCCAGCUCAGGCAUGAAGCAGUCUUCUGGCAUGGCAUCCUCCGGUUCCUUGAACCAGAAACCUCCAGCUUCCUCUUCCUCUUCCUCGUCCUCCUCCUCUGCUUCCUCAAUGUCUUCAUCUCAAAACGCCCACGGAAAUCUAAUCAAAGGGAAGUCUCCCAGUCGGACCAAGAAGCCGUCUUUGACGGCAGUGAUUGAUAAGUUGAAACAUGGCGUGGGUGGUGUGGGUGGUUCUAACGCUGACGACUCUGCAGACGGCCAAAUGGCGGCGGCGGCGGCAGCAGCAGCAAUGGCAUCUGCUCACGGCAUCCCGUCCAAGCACAGUGUGUCACCGGCUGAUUAUCAGGGAAAGCGAGAGAAGAGUGACAAAGAAAGCAAAUCCAAGGUCUCCGUCUCGGGGAGUUCGGGCGACAGUGGGAAGAAAUCCUCCGACUCCAAGAACGGCGGGGGGACGGGCGUGGCCAAGAUCAUCAUCAGCAAGCACGACGGUGGUUCUCCGAGCAUCAAGGCCAAGGUGACCUUGCAGAAGCCAAGUGAUGGCAGCGGCGAUGGCUUAAGACCGCAGAUCACCGGAGCAAAAAACUAUGGGUCGCCUUUGUUCAGCGGAUCAACGCCAAAACACGAACGUUGUUCCCCGAGCUACAGCAAGUCGCCCGCCUACACCCCUCAAGGUGGCGACAGUGGCAGCGAGUCCGGCUCGUCCUUCGCUGAGAAGUCCCACCAGAACAGUCCAAGCUCGGACGACGAUGUCCGGCCGCUCCCUGAGUAUAGUUUGGAAAAGCAUAAAAAGCACAAAAAGGAGAAGAAGAAAGGGAAGGACAAGGAUCGCGAUCGGGACCGAGACAGGGAGAAGAAAAAAUCUCACUCUAGUAUUAAAGCAGAGAGUUGGUCAAAGUCUCCGAUAUCAACUGACCAAUCCUUAUCUAUGGCAGGGAGCACAUCCAUGAACUCCGAGAGGUCAUCUCGCCCCAGCCCGGCAUUUUUGAUUGGCGAUGAUGAUGAACUCAUGAACGUUGCUCUGAUUGGUAAUUAAAAUGAAGUGCUUUGUUCAUAAACCAUGAGAGUGUCAACAGUACUAUGAUCACAUUUUGUUCCUAAGUGUGAGGUUCUUGGCUUUAUCUCCAAUCUUGGCAGAUGCCUCAUUCGCACACAAAAGGUUUUUAAAAUUACCAAUUAUUUUUAAUGUCAACAACCAAUUCUCAAACAGUGUACAUAAAAUGAAACCAUUUUCUGUACAUCUUUGAGUGGGGGGGGGGGGGGGCUUUGUCAAGUCUUACAUGAACAUCCUUAAUCUUCCUUUUCAGAAGGGGACUAGAUUGAAAUUAAGCCAAUGAAGGUUCAUUGACCAAGGAUUGGUUUGGCUUUCUUCAGCAGAGCUUAAAACCUCCUGAACCUGGCUCCAUCCUAUUUGUGUUUGCCUCCCAUACGUGAAUGCUCAUUUUUUUAUUGAUGCAAAACUAUUUUAAAGUCGGAAGAAGUUGCUCUAUUGUGUGUUAAAGCCAUUCAUAUUUUUUUUCUAAAAAAACAAAAUGGCCUGAGUGUUUAAUCUUUUUGACUCCCAACCCUGGUGCAAGAGAUAGAUUUUAUUUAACUAUUAGUUAGGUCCAGAUUGUUUUACAUAAAACCUAAUAUGCUUUUAAUGUGCUUUAUUUUUAACUAUUUAUUAAUCUCUUAAUUUCAGAAUUGAAAUAAUUUUAACGGCUUCUAAAGCUUUGUUAAAUCAUUUUAAUGUCAAAUGUGUAUAUUGCUUUAAAUGCACAGUUUGCAGUACAAUGCUGAUUUCUCUCUUGAUUAUUCUUCCAAAGAGCCAGAAUGCAUUUGUAUGAUUAUUUUGCGUUGACAUUUUAAAGCUGACGGUUCUGCUUGUUUGGA